AUGAUAUCAUCAGUGGUACUCAAUCAAUUAAAUAAGAGAAGAAAAAGGAUUGAAAGAAUACGAAGUAAUAUAACAACAAAUGAGCUCGAGGAUAAAUCAGAGAAUCCUACUAAAAAAAUAAAAAUAUCAAAAGAUACAAAUAAUGAAGUAGCUCAAGAGAAAUAUAUAGAAUCAACUAUUAUACAAAAUCAACUAACUAGUGAAAAAGAUACUAACAAAGAUGGCGUUGAUAAAAAUAGUGAUGAAGAUAGUAAUGAAAAAGAUGAUAUCGAGGAUAUAAAGGAGAAUAUUGAAACUACUGAAGAUGAUAAAGAUGAUAAAUAUACAGCCGACUUUAAAUUAAAAUUAAAACCAAAAUUAGAUGAACUUCGAAAAAGAACAGAUAAAGCUUUAAAAGAUGCUUUGCGUCGUAGACUUCUUGAAGAGGCAAUUGAGCCCAUUGAUGAAAAAAGCAAUAAUAUUGGAUCUCAAGAUACUGAAUCGACAGAAAAUCUAAAUAAUAAUAGCAAUUUUCAAAACACUGUGGAGGAUUCCACUGAAGAAUCUGAAAAAGUUAGUAAUGGAAUAAGUGAUUCUGAAAUAGCUAAAGAGCAGCCUGUUGUUUAG